UUGAGUGAAGAAGUACGAGUCUAGCCAUUCAGACGUCUACAGGAGCUCAUCCAGGAGAAAUGGUAAAGACUGUAAGUGACGUGAAAGCAGUACUGGAACACACACCGGACUUCCAGAUGAUCUUUAUGUAUAAUUUCAUGUUGUUUUCCUCCACAGAGGCCUCACGCAGGCCGUGAGAUCAGAGUGAUGACUACAGUGACAUAUCACACUAUAUAGUGUUACAGAUUGUUAUGAAUAAUGUAUUACAAGGGCAGGUGAUCCGGCCGCACACAGGAAGCUGUACAGUCUUCUCCUUCUGCCCCGGGUCGAUACGUGAGCAUGUAGAUUCGGAUGCAGAGUGUACGUAGCGGUGGCCCGUGCCGGUGAGGUUGUCUGAAUGACUGCAUCAGCGAGUGGAGAGACGUUCACUGGUGCUUACCGCAGAACUCGGAAUUCGCCUGCUGAGUAAAGAGAUCUCUUAAGAAAAUGUUUCCGCAGUCGGGCAAAUCCAUCGUCUUUGACAGCUUUCCCGAUCCUUCUGACACCUGGGAAAUCACCAAGACGAUCGGAAAAGGAACCUACGGCAAAGUGUACAAAGUGCUGAAUAAGAUCAACGGCAGCGAGGCGGCUGUCAAAGUACUGGAUCCUGUUCACGAUAUCGAUGAGGAGAUCGAGGCAGAGUACAACAUCCUGAAAGCGCUCUCCGAUCAUCCCAACGUGGUGAAGUUCUUUGGCAUGUUCUACAAGAUAGAUCCUAAAACCGGAGACCAGCUGUGGUUAGUGCUGGAGGUAAAACAUCACAAGUUCUCCCAAGUGCCUGGAGUGUGUUAUAUAAGAUGUCUUUAGGUUGUUUGGAUUGAUGGAGUGUUUGAUGUCAAUUUAAGGACAUAUCAAAAAUAUCAUGAAUGUUGCAUUCUGUCUCCAUCAAGACAUUUUGAAUGACAGCAUCUGACGCAGUGCGUAAACGCAGAGUCCACGCUCUAGCACACUUUCACGCCGGCUCGCUUGCGGUGUGUGUAUUUUUAUGACCAGAUUUGUGUUAUCGGUCUACUUUGUAAUCCCAUCUAAUUUGCGAUCGCUGACCUGUAUUUGAGCUAAUCCACUCCCGCCUCAUGCCCUGUGUGAGACUUGAAACAGGUUUGUGUGAUCAGGAGGCAGGGCUCGUUGUGGUUAAUAAGCCAGCGAAUCAGAGUGCUGGAGGUGUGGCUCAAGUGAGCGAGUAAAUUGAGGUGUGAUAUUCGGCAAUGUUUACUCCAGCUGAUCUGAUUAUUAAGAGUUAGUAACAUUCGUUCAUGUUCAGUAAGCAUUUCAUCCGGGUUAAGGUCACGGUGGAUCUUGAAUUUAUCCUGGAAGUGAGGUGGGAACACAUCCUGGAUGGAACACCAGUAGUUAAUAACAUGCUGCGAUAUCAUUUAUGCUAAUUUAUGUGGAUAUUUAAGUGUAUUCAUUUGGCAUUUAAGCAAACAUCAUUUAAAUAUGUGGUGACUAACUUUGUUAAUUUGUUAAUGUCACGGCCACGGCAUGGAUGUGAUGGACUUCACGGCAACAAGAUGUGUGUGUGUGUGUGUGUGUGUGUGUGUGGAGAGAAAACAUGGCAGCUACAGUAGUAUCUGGA